AUGGUGCUUAUUAAAGACAUUGAUAUUUAUUCACUUUGCGAACAUCAUCUGGUACCCUUUUUUGGUAAAGUAUCAGUUGGCUAUCUACCGAAAGAUCGAGUCAUUGGAUUGAGUAAAGUUGCGAGAAUCGUCGAGAUCUUUAGUCGUCGUCUUCAAGUGCAAGAACGCUUAACGCGACAAAUUGCAGAAGCUAUCGACGAAGCUAUUCAACCACAAGGUGUUGCUGUUAUUGUCGAAUGUGUACAUAUGUGCAUGGUCAUGCGUGGAGCGGAAAAAGUCAAUACACGCACAACAACAUCGGCUAUGAUUGGCAUCUUCCUCACGGAUGCCAAGGCACGCGAAGAAUUUUUGAUGCUUGGUCACACUCGUUCCCUAUGA